CGACUCUAUGGUACUUCAAAUCCUGGGUUGACUGUUUGAAAAUUAAAAUAAAUAAAUGCAGAAAUUCGUCAGAAAAAUAGUGAAUGAAUUAUUGAUGUGCUCUUUUCAUUAACUUACAAAAUUUGAUAUUGUUUUAAAUAAUAUAGUUUAAGGUGAAUCUUUAUUUUCAGUCACUGAAAUAAUUAGCAUUCAUUUUAAUAACAAAGUGUUAAUUCUAACAUAACCUAAAUGUGUUAACAGCAAAAGAUUCUUUGAUAUGUUAUAGUUCAAAAACCCUUAUUAUAAUGUUAUUGUCAUAAAUGUUUAUUGUAUUUAAAAUAAGAUUGCUAUGGAUGAUGACUCUAAAGAAUAUAGAAGAAAUAAACCACAGCAAAAGUUUUAUAAACCAGGUAGUGGACCAUUAAGACGAUCAAGUUAUGGUUUGGACGCUAAAAUGGACACAAACGACUUAGACGGAGGUUCCAAAAGCCGAAACCAAAAUUAUUACGGAUCUCAAAACUCCAUUGCGGACGAUUUAAGCGACUCUUACAGAGGAACGAGUAUGCGUCACAAAAAACCUGAACAACAGCUUUACGUGCCUCGAUCAGGAGAUUCUUGCUCUGAUAAUGGUAGACAAUCUAAAGUACCAAUGAGGUGUGAUAAUUCUAGUCAGUACGUCAAUAGAAGAAUGUCUGAUAAUCCAGACAGACAGGGUUCAGGGUCUUAUUCUAGAAGUGCUUCCAAAAGAGAUAGAUCUUUUGCAGACUACCAUAACAAAGAUGGUACAAAUAAUGAUAUUAAUUAUAAUAGACAAUACAGACAAGCCUCUGAAACAAGAUCCAUUUCACCUACACAUAUGCAAGAUCAAAACUCUAUAGAUAGAAACAGAGAUAGCAGAAGUAUGGAAACAUCAGCAGGACGACACCUCUCGUCUUCUGGAGGUAAACCACCAUCUGGUCGACGUAACUCUUCAGGAUAUACAUCUGAUUCAUCAAGACUUAAAUAUAUGGUAAAUUUAGAUAAUAUACCUCCAAGAUUUAGAAAGAAAUUUUUAGAACAAUCAGGCCAUCACAAUUUCGACAGUGAUCAAAUACGUAGAGACAAAUAUUCUUCAAAUCAGUCUGUGCAACCAGUUUACAACCAGGAUACUCCAUAUUACAACAUGUCAAACUGGUCCCAAACAUUGCCAUCAAGAGGCAGAGGAAGAUUAAGAGACAAUGAAGGCUUUGACAGAGAAAAAUUUAUAAGUACAUAUUUGAAGAGCUAUGAUGUGCAAAAUUCUAGAAAAUCUACUCCUAGUAGUUCAUAUCUGAAUUUAUAUGAUACAAAUUCAGUGGAAAAUAAACAAGCCAAUGAUAAAGUAAAUACUGGGCCAAGUAGUACAGAGAGUCAAGAAUUUCAUGAUGCAUCGCAGAAUGGUACAAGCAGUAUGGCUAACACUAUUUCUAGUAGCCAGCCAGAACAUCAUAAACAAGAAACAGACAAUGAACACGACAGUGAAACUACAUCUCAGAUCUCAGCAACUUUACUGGAUAUCUCUAAUUUGGACUGGACAGAAGAAGUAGAAAAGAAUAUAAAACUAGAUGACAUGGGUGAUUCUUCAACUAGUUUUUCACAAAAUUUGAAGAAGUCUGUUCAAGAUGAUGUGAAGCCCGCUGAACCUCGUGAGUCGAAACGAAGUGGAAGAUCGCGGCGUAAAGAUCGAAGAAGUUCAAGUAGAGGCCUUAGAAAAGAGUCCGAAAAGAAAGUUGAGCGCAAUAGGAAGGAUAGUACAGCGAGCAUUCAGCAUGAGCCAGAGAGGGCUAGGAAGGACAGCAAUGUUAGCAUUCAGCAUGAGAUCGUGCACUCGGGACUGAAGCAGAGAGAACGCGAAAGACGAGACAGUCACAAGAGUAAUCGUUCUUCGACCAUCGGAAAUAGUAGAGACGACUUGGAUCGCUGGAGGUCGUUACGUUCUUACAGUAGAGAACAAAGCACUGAAGGGAGAAUAGUUUCGCAAUGUAACAGUCGAGACACGUCGGCUAACCGUGCUACUAGCCCGAGAGAUCAUGAUGGUUUUAGGAUUCCAUCAUCCAUGUCAAAAUCAGCAGCAUGGCUAUCAACAAAUCCGAAGAAAAGCAACGGUUCCUGGGCUAACGGUCGUACUUCAAGCGUGGAGCGUGGUCGACAGUCGCCUGCAUCGAGUCACGCCAGUGUAAGCACUGCGCCUGCUCCCGAAGGCGGCUCAGGACGACGUUCUCGUAAGCGUGCUGGUCGUCGCACUACGGAAAACAGAGAGCGACGCCGUGGAAGAAACGCCGAAGCUCAACAGCCACAGCAGCAACAUUCACAGAGCUCUCAGCACGCGCCGUCUGUGACGCCAGCCCCUGCCGCGUCACACUCGCACGGGUCCAGUUCUGGGACUCUGAACUGGAGAGAAGAAAUUCUAGAAUCCAAGAAAAUGAACUCUCAUGAAAAACAUCCAGAGACCAACUCGCGCAAUAAGGCUGCAGUGGACUCAUCCUCAUCACACCCUGGUUUAAUCAUGCUGCCACAAGCAUCAAUAACACAUAUGCAAAAAGACUUGGGGAGAGGAGGUUCAGUAGAAACUCAAAAGACUUUGUUUGAUCAUCAAAAUCCAUCCAAACCUAUAAUUGUACAAACUAGUCCCUCUAAAAUAGACAUAAGAAUGGAGAGAGAAAUUUGUCCGUCAGGAAUAAAAGAGAGUUCGUCUCGCGGUAACGCUGGGUACGAGGCCAAUGACGCGGCGCGAGCAGUGCGACACCGCGCCCUGCUACAAGAGGUGGACCGCGCUGACGUCAUUCUACAGACACACAUUCUAAGAGGACCUUUAGGCUUAGCUGAUCAUUGGCCUGACGUCACUGAAACUAGAGCUUUUCUGCAAAAUGCUCUUCAAAGACUUCUCAUGUCUGAUCUCAAGUACUGCCAAGCAGACAAUAUUGAACACCAUUUUUGGAAGAUUUUGUACUACAACUUUAUAGAACCAUUAAGAAAAAGUUUUACCCAAAUGACGCCUGAAGACAAGCCGAAGAUAGUGAAAUUGAUUAAUGUUAUAAUUGAAGAAGGAAAUACAUUUUUCGAAAACUUAAUUCAAAUGUUGGAGAAAACUUAUAAGUUUAAUGUGGACGAUUACAUAAAUGACAAUCAUGUCUUACCUCCCAAAGGUCUUGGGUAUGUGGGUUUGGCUUUAAUAUCAGUUCAAAAGAUAUACGUUUUUUUGGGGGAUUUAGCGCGAUAUAAGGAACAAGUGAAUGAGACAAAUAAUUAUGCUAAGAGUAAAUUUUGGUACACAAAAGCUCAACAGAUCAAUCCUAAGAAUGGCAGACCAUACAAUCAGUUAGCUAUAUUAGCAAUAUAUGCGAGAAGAAAAUUAGAUGCAGUAUAUUAUUAUAUGCGAAGUCUCAUGUCGUCCAACCCUUUUCAUUCAGCACGAGAGAGUUUGUUAUCACUUUUUGACGAAAAUAGAAAAAAGUAUGAGGCAGCAGAACGCAAGCGUCGAGCUGCGCUGGAGGCGACCAAGAACAGUGAUGCCGCGGCUUCUGGAGGCACCAGCAAUAAUAGUGUAGUAGAAGGUACACCCGGCAUGAAGAGAGAAGUAUGGGUGCGACCCAGUGGACACAGGACCACUACCUUCCGACCAGCAUCUAGGGACGAACAACUUGCUACUAUGACAUCAGUUGAGCUCAACAAAAAUUUCAUUACCAGUUAUUUACACGUUCAUGGGAAACUCAUCACUAAAAUAGGAAUGGAGACCUUUUACGAGAGUGCGAGUUUGAUGCUGCGUCAAUUUCGCGCCCUGCUUCAUCGCCAGCCACUGCCAACUCCUGCCGCCCGACUAUUGCAACUGACGGCACUCAAUAUGUUCGCAGUGGAAACCACCGCCGCAUCACUUAAAGAGGGCAACAGCGGAGAGCGAUCGGCGUGGUUGGAGUGCGCGCUGGGCGUGUCCCUGCUGAUGUUCGGUGCGAUGCUGGAGCGAUGCUGCGCACUGCUGCCGGAAGCGCCGCAAUCACAGCACCACACCGACGCCUUGCUACUACUGCCGGCCAUCAAGGUGUGGUCAGACUGGAUGUUAUGCCACAGUAGUAUAUGGAAUCCACCACCAUCAUUCGACAGUUUUGACGUUGGAGCCGACAACGACCCGUGGGAUUGGCUUGCGAAGCUUAUGAACAUAUUAGAAGCUCUCGAUGACAAGUCGAUAGAAUUCGAAAACGAAAUGAAAGAAGGUUACGUGUGCGUGCGUCUGCCGGAGGACGCGUCUCUGGGCGGGUUCACGCCGCUGAUGUACAUGGAGCCGGCCGUGGCCUGGGUGCGCGCCGACCAACUGGGACAACACCACGCCGCAGAACACGCCCUCAGAAUCACCAAGCUACUGUUCUUCGGCACUGAGUACUUAGUGGGCGUGGAGCCCCCGGUACUAAAGUUGGAGUGUCCGGCGGACGCGUCGCCGAGAUACGUCAGCGCCGUGCAACGAGCGCAGCCACUGCAUGCACCACUGCAACAACUGUCUGAAAAUUCUGAGGAUGAAAGCAAUACCAGUGGUGGUGCUAGCGAGGCGCCCAGUCACAGCGAGGGAGUCGAGGCAGAGGGGACCGACGAAACGACACGCAAACUGCUGCGCCGCAAGGAACAACUCGAGACUAGGAAGGCUACGAUUGAGAAACAUCGCCAACGUAUGCAGGAAAUAUUAAAAGGAGGUUCUGAAAUUGAAGUUCGACCUCGAUGGUUAGUGCCGGACACAAACUGCUUCAUCGAUCACCUGGAAUUGCUACAGGCCAUUGUAGCUGCGCCGGCGCAACCUUACACCUUAGCUGUGCCUGUUGUGGUGAUGACGGAGCUAGAAGGCCUACGCCUGAGUGGGCGGGUGGGCUCUGCGGCGCGCUCGGCGUUGAGCUGGGUGGGCGGCGCGGGCGCGGCGCUGCGCCUGGCCACGUCGCGCGGCUCGCUGCUGGCCACGCGCGCCUGCACGGCCGAGGCGGCGCCCGGGCCCGCCACCAACGACGACCGAGUCCUGGCCACAGCACUCAGUCUACACAACAACGUCGCCGCCGCGGCUGAUAAUGAUUCCCGCGGAGACGACGGCAGAGAGGCGCCGAAGGUAGCGCGGCGCGUGCGGGAGGUGGUGCUGCUGACGGACGACCGCAACCUGCGCGUCAAGGCACUCGCCGCCGAGCUACCCACGCGGGACCUGCCCUCCUUCGUGCACUGGGCUGGCUUGAUCAAAGAUGAUGCUGCGAGUACGGAGGCGGGCGCGGGCGCGGGCGAGGAGAGCGCGGGAGCACGCAAGUGACGUGCGUUCGGCCACAGUGACGACAGUUUAGCUCAUAUUCUGAUUUACUUUAUUAAUAACCUGAAUGCGAGGUGACUUAAUGUUGCAAAGAUAAUAGUGCUUAAUAAAGGUAAUAGCAUUCUGCCCGGGUGCAUGCGCGCUGUAUGGAUCUGAGGUAAUGAUUGCGCCUCAUUAUAGUAUAGGAAUUGAAUAGAUUAAGUAAAAUUAAAUACACCAAUAGAAGGUUAAAAUAUUAAUAGAUUUUGUUAAGAGCUUUAGGAUUCCACCUCCGUGUUCCUGGGCUACAUUUACUUUGUUAUUUUUUUACAUAUUUUCCGUUUUAUUUGUAAGGUAUUAGAUAAAUCGGAAAUUCAGUGUUGCUGAGCUAUUUUUAUUUACUUUUUUUUUGUAAUAUAGCAACUAUAUUUUUUAUUAUUUUCUAGUUAGGUGAUAGUAACAAAAUGUAUGGUAUUACCUAUCUCUAACAUCAAGUACAGGACACAUAGCAUGUAAUAUGAUUUGUAUACAAUGUUAUCAACUGAUCCAAUUAUGAUAAUUAAUUGACUGCAUGUCUACAUAUAUUUGAUUUUUAGAAAUUAUGAUUUUAAAUGAAUUUAAGUACAUUAUAUAAUACCUAUAAUUUUUUGCAUGAUUUCAUCGAAAUGCCAUGUGCCAUUCAUUGCUCUUGUUAAGCGGCUCAAUGCGUGUUGCCUUUUCCUUCUAUACAAUAUAAUUAUUAUAUCGACAGCGACUUUUAGCUAGACACGUUUUCUUACCGCUUAACACUUUUUUAUAUUUGGAGUGAGCAACCGCAUCAUGAUAAUUUUUAUAAUAAAAUGUAGUACAAAAUGUUUGACAUUACAAGGACACUUGGUGUUUUUACUCAGGUUUGUAUAGAACUAGUAUAGACGACACAGCAAAUUUUUCAUCACUUAUGUAAUUAUGUAUUAUCAGCAUCAAAAUGUGUAUUUUCAAAAUGCAAUGAAACACUCGAAUAGUUUCAUUUAUUUUGCUAGAUAAGUUUUGUAUUCCCGAUAGAGGUGCGUGUUUGCAGAACCUACAAGUUAGGCGAGCGUUUACUGCGGAAGCACGAGAUGUAGGAGCCAGUUUGUCGGGUAUCUAAAAAAUCCUAUUAAAAAUUUGUAACGAUUAUUUUGGUGCACCUUGUAACCAAAUGAUUGGCACCUUCACCUAUAACAGGUUAUCCUUAUACAUGUAGAUAAAACGUAUUGUGUAUAAACAGAUUUUUAAUGAUAACUAUAUGGUUAACAAUUAUUGUAACAAAGUUUUUCAUUUUUGAAACAUUUGAUGCUGUUACUUUUGUCUUGAUCAUGACGUUUUAAUUAAACAUUGAAUUACUUCAA